AACACAUUUACUAGGUUUGGAUUGUCCUAACCAAUCAACAAACUUUGAUUAUUCACGUCUCGUAAUAUCUUCCAAUCAGGUAGUAAGAGGCAUUCACGCACUGACUGUCCAUCGUUCAAUUCUUAAUAACGUCUCGAGGAGAGGUUAAUAAUGCGUGCUAAUCUAUUGACAACACGGAAAACAGUCUUUUGUAUUUAAGAUAUGAGGAAAGGGGAAGUGGAUGGUUGUUGGGGAUGGAUGAUAGUAGCAGCCGCUGCCUUAAACAGAAUAGUGAUAUAUGGGAUAUCACACUCAGCUGGUGUGGUUUAUGUUGUCAUCCUGGAAGUUUUUAACGAAGGGAGCGGGAUAACAUCAUGGCUAUCUUCACUCAUCACUGCCGUUUUAUUUUUCACCUGUCCAUUAUCUGGAUAUCUGAUUGAAAGAUACGACGAACGAAAGGUUGCCAUUGCUGGAAGUCUGAUUGCAGCUAUUGGCAUGACGUCAUCUGCUUUUGUCAGUUCCGUUCCCGCUCUCAUUCUGACUUACGGCAUAAUUUCAGGCAUAGGAUGCGGAAUAGCGUUUAUGCCAGGAAGUGUAGCAGUGGCUAAAUACUUCAUAAACCAUCGACCACUGGCAAUGGCGAUAUCAUCUGCAGGUGGCGGAAUAGGUAUUUUUGCAUUCCCACCGAUUAUUGAAAUGUUAAAUGAAUAUUAUACAUGGCGUGGUAUGUUUUUGAUUCUUGGUGGAAUAACUCUCAAUAUAUGUGUAUUUGGAUCAUUAAUCCGCCCUUUGACAAAAGAGGUCAGCUCAGAACAAAAGUCACAAGAGAGUGGAUAUUCUUCGGACAAAUCAGAAAAUAACAAGUUACAAUCGAGCAGUGUUAGCAAGAAUCUCGAGACAGUACAAUUAAAUGAAGAAAGUGAAAACUUCGAACAAGUUGGAUUUCUCGACAAACAUUUUUAUCUGAAAAUUCCAUCAUUUUACAUCCUUAUGAUCAAUAAUUUUAUGUAUCAGUUUGGCGCAUCGAUUAUCCUAGGUCACCUGCAAGCUUAUGCUGUUUAUCAGAAAGGAUUUACUAAGCCAAAUUCUGCUAUUUUAUAUACAAUUUCCGGUGUUAUGGUUCUUGUUUUCAAACUUCUACAUGGUGUUUUUGCAAAUAUGAGCCAUGUAAAAAUAUUUAGACCCAUUUAUCAAUAUAUUUUCUUCUAUGCAUUAGGUGGAAUAGCAACAAUAUGUUUGACUAUACAUUCCCGUUACGGUGUAUACUUUUACAGUGCGAUAUUUGGAAUGAGUUAUGCAGCAUGUGGAGGCUCCCUUCUCCCAGCUAUAAUCAUUGAAAUGUCUGGCGUAGAAACAUUUGGUGUUACAUAUGGAAUUGUGCUUUUCGUUUUAGCAGUUGGACAGUUAACUGGUGCUCCUGUAGCAGGUAUUUUAUAUGAACACCAGAAAACAUAUGACACUUCCUUCAUCCUUGCCGGAUCUAUGAUGAUAGCAAGUGCCUUAAUAAUGAUUUAUCCUCUGAAAACUGAUCUCAACCCUUCAAAACUAAAUAAACAAAAUGAAAAUAACAUAGAAAUGAAUAUUGAAGAAAUCGAUUCAAUAAACGAAGAGAUGCCUACCGUUUUUGAUCCAAUAUCAAUGUCCGUCGUUUAGGGAAGCAGAACAAGUCUUCAAAGUGGAAACAUCGACAAUUUACAUUGUGCAGGGAAAUAUUAUCACAGUUCUAAUGGUUUACAUCGAAUUAAUCGACUAAGUGAUAGUUUGGAAUCUAUAGAAGUUGGACCAAGAUCAUCAAGUUUUAGUGUUCACAGGCAUACAGGUCGUCAACAUAAUGCAAAUACACAGCAAUCAAGUAGUCUUCUGAAUGCAUUAAGACAGGAAGGUCAAUCUCACUACCACCCAAUACUGUCACCACUUGCAAUAGAGCGAUAAUUUAAAUGUUUGUGAAAGUUUUGUCGUGGGAGCAAUAUUUAACUUGUUAAUAAAAAAAAGACCAACAAUUAAACUAUCAGCAUUAUGUCAAAUUCAUUAUAUUUUAAUCAGUUAAAGAAUAUCACCAUCGGUUUUUUUUUCUUAAAAUAUUAAACGUGAUGGAAGCAUA